UUAACCAGGAACAGGAGAUUUGGGCAAGUUUGCUUGAUGAAGAAAAAAAAAUUCUAGCUUUGCCCAUUCAUUCAUUCAACAAUUACUUAUUGAGCAGCUACUACGUGCCAGGCAGUAAGAGCAGAAAGAGUUUUUCCCCAUUUUUCAAAAUUGCCAGGAGGCGGGAGGGUAGACCUGGAACCCAGAAGUCUUGGUUCCGCCCCCUUCUGCGCUUGGCCUCGCUUGCUCUUCUGUUUACCACUUCGCUUCGAGGUGGCCUCUGGCACAAAACGAAGACAGAAGCGUCUCUGCUGUCCACUUAGUUCUCCAGCUCUGUGCCUCAAGUCCUGUGGCUGAGAAGGCGAGGUCUAAUGUUACACCACCUGUUUGUUCCGCCUUAGUUUUGGGGUCCAUCCGGAAGGUUGUCAGAUAGGAUCCUCAGUGAGACGGCACUCGAUUGAAUCGGUCUAUCUCUACAGCCCAAGUAGGCGGGUUCUCUGCGGUAGCAAGAACACCUUACUGCGCACGCGCAGUAGACAGCCGAUGGAGCCACGGAUGGAGCCGUCCGGAGGGGAGCAAGAUCCCGGAGCCGUCAGGCUCCUGGACCUGCCCUGGGAAGACGUGCUACUCCCACACGUCCUGAGCCGGGUCCCGCUGCGACAGGUACUCCGGCUGCAGCGCGUCAGCCGGGCCUUCAGGGCGCUGGUGCAGCUGCACCUGGCGGGGCUGCGCCGCUUCGACGCCGCUCAGGUGGGUCCGCAGAUCCCGCGGGCUGCAUUAACCCGGCUGCUGCGGGACGCCGAGGGGCUGCAGGAGCUGAUGCUGGCGCCUUGUCACGAAUGGCUGUCAGAUGAGGACCUCGUGCCGGUGCUGGCGCGGAAUCCGCAGCUGCGGAGCGUGACGCUGGCCGGCUGCGGGCAACUGAGCCGCCGAGCGCUGGGGGCUCUGGCAGAGGGCUGCCCCCGCCUGCAGCGCCUGUCGCUCGCGCACUGUGACUGGGUGGACGGGCUGGCGCUGCGCGGCCUCGCGGAUCGCUGCCCGGCCCUGGAAGAUCUAGACCUCACCGCCUGCCGCCAGCUCAAGGAUGAGGCCAUCGUGUACCUGGCGCAGAGGCGCGGCGCAGGCCUUCGCAGCCUCUCACUGGCCGUCAACGCUAAUGUGGGCGACACUGCGGUUCAGGAGUUGGCUCGGAACUGCCCGCAACUAGAGCACCUCGACCUCACCGGCUGUCUCCGCGUCGGAAGCGACGGCAUCAGGACGUUGGCGGAGUAUUGCCCGGCGCUUCGAUCACUGCGGGUGCGGCACUGCCACCACGUGGCCGAGCCCAGCCUGAGUCGCUUGCGGAAGCGCGGCGUGGACAUCGACGUGGAGCCGCCGCUGCACCAGGCCCUGGUGCUGCUGCAGGACGUGGUGGGCUUCGCACCCUUUGUCAACCUGCAGGUCUGAACCGCCCGCAGGUUGGGGCACAGCUGGACUGUGUGGUGCGGGCCUGACUGAGCUGUAGGGAAACUGGACUGUGGGGGCCUCUGGUGAGAGGUCAGUGCCCUGCCCCACCCUGGAGCUUCAAAUAAAGAGCUUUUUAC